AUGAAGUUUAUUUGGUGCGUUAAACGGCACAUUCACAAUGAUACCAUUCGCUCGUUUAUUGAGUUGAAUAAGCUGAUUGCUCACUCGACUCUUUUCCAAGGAAACCUGUACGAACAUGUUGUUAUGAGGGAAGUUCAAAACAAACUGCUCAUCGACAAUAUCGAAAAAAUAGGAGGCGCACAUGAUGGCGGUGUUGAUUUACAGGGUUUGUGGUCAGUACACGAGAUAUAUUCAAGAGUCAACAAGGUAAUACCGCUUAGUGACCGUAAAACCCCAAGGAAAGAGAAGCUCCAUGGAACUUCCAUCACACCCCUGGCUCUGAAAUUGGCAGAGAAGGGCAGCGAAUCCAAACCGUUGAACGUUCUCAUACAAUGUAAGGCGUUCAGCACCUCUAAAGUUGCAUUGAAAGAGCUGCGUGAACUGGUCGGUACUUUUUUCUCUAAAGUUUCCAGUAAGAAUCGCCGCUCCAGUGUGAUCAUGAUGUGUUCGACGCAGUUGCUGACGAAGCACGCAAUAGACCUGAUUAACGGGCUGCCCAUUCCGUUGAUGUAUUUGAGGAUAGAACAACUCAAACAAAUGGAGAAUGGACAAUACGACGUAGAUAACUCUGGUAAACUGGUAAGCUACUACGAAAACGUAUAUGCUCGCAAACUUCUCCAAAACUGUGGUAUAGAUGAGUGGUUGAAGUUGGAAAUGUAUCAUGAUAAGUAG